CGGGGGCCGCUCGGGCGGGGCGCGGGGCCGGGGCCGCCCCGCCGGUGCGUGCCGGAGCCCAUGAAUUGCUCCGGGAGCGCCCGGCGAGGCUGCGCCGCGGCCGCGGGCUCCGGGCACCAUGCAGAAGAGCGUGCGGUACAACGAGGGGCACGCCCUGUACCUGGCGCUGCUGGCCCGCAAGGAGGGCACCAAGCGCGGCUACCUGGGCAAGAAGACGGCGGAGACCAACCGCUGGCACGACAAGUGGUUCGCCCUCUACCAGAACGUGCUCUUCUACUUCGAGGGCGAGCAGAGCGCCCGCCCCGCCGGCAUGUACAUGCUGGAGGGCUGCAACUGCGAGCGGGUGCCCGCUCCCAAGGGAUGCGCCGCGGGCAGCGCCAAGGAUGCCGCGCUGGACAAGCAGCAUUACUUUACUGUUCUCUUUGGCCAUGAGGGGCAGAAGCCACUGGAGCUGCGUUGUGAGGAUGAGGUUGAUGGAGAUGAGUGGGUAGAAGCUAUUCACCAAGCAAGCUACUCAGACAUCCUGAUUGAGCGGGAGGUGCUGAUGCAGAAGUACAUCCACCUGGUGCAGAUCGUGGAGACCGAGAAGGUGGCGGCCAACCAGCUCCGGCACCAGCUGGAGGACCAGGACACGGAGAUCGAGCGGCUCAAGUCGGAGAUUGUAGCGCUGAAUAAAACAAAGGAAAAAAUGCGACCUUAUCAAGGCAACCAGGAAGAUGAAGACCCAGAUAUUAAAAAAAUUAAGAAGGUUCAGAGCUUUAUGCGGGGCUGGCUGUGCAGAAGAAAAUGGAAAACCAUUGUCCAAGACUAUAUUUGUUCUCCUCAUGCAGAGAGCAUGAGGAAGAGGAACCAGAUAGUUUUCAACAUGGUGGAGGCUGAGUCUGAGUACGUGCACCAGCUUUAUGUGCUGGUGAACUGCUUCCUGCGGCCCCUGAGGAUGGCAGCGAGCUCCAAGAAGCCGCCCAUCAGCCACGAUGAUGUCAGCAGCAUUUUCCUCAACAGUGAAACAAUCAUGUUUCUUCAUGAGAUAUUUCACCAGGGCUUAAAAGCAAGAAUAGCCAACUGGCCUACCUUAAUUCUAGCUGACUUAUUUGACAUUCUCCUGCCAAUGCUGAACAUAUAUCAAGAAUUUGUUCGGAAUCAUCAGUAUAGCCUACAAGUGCUGGCAAACUGUAAGCAAAACAGAGAUUUUGACAAACUCUUGAAGCAAUAUGAAGCCAACCCGGCAUGUGAGGGCAGAAUGCUGGAAACUUUCCUUACCUACCCCAUGUUUCAGAUUCCCAGAUACAUUAUAACACUUCAUGAACUUUUGGCUCACACACCACACGAACACGUUGAGAGAAAAAGCCUUGAAUUUGCUAAAUCUAAACUAGAAGAACUUUCAAGAGUGAUGCACGACGAGGUGAGUGACACAGAGAACAUCAGGAAGAACCUGGCCAUAGAGAGGACCAUAGUGGAGGGCUGUGACAUAUUGCUAGACACCAGCCAAACCUUUAUCCGCCAAGGUUCCCUUAUCCAGGUCCCCUCAGUUGAGAGGGGAAAGCUGAGUAAAGUUCGCCUGGGCUCGUUGUCUUUGAAGAAAGAAGGAGAAAGGCAAUGCUUCUUGUUUACAAAACACUUCUUAAUUUGUACAAGAAGUUCAGGAGGAAAACUGCAUCUUCUUAAGACAGGAGGUGUUCUGUCUCUGAUAGAAUGCACACUGGUCGAAGAGACAGAAGCGAGUGAUGAUGAUUGUAAGUUAAAUUCAGCUGUCAGUAGCUGUAAAGCCAAAGGUUCUGGGCAGGUGUUUGGACACCUGGAUUUCAAGCUGGUAGUGGAGCCCGCGGAUGCUCCUCCUUUCACUGUUGUGCUUUUGGCCCCAUCACGGCAGGAGAAAGCUGCAUGGACAAGUGACAUCAGCCAGUGCAUUGAUAAUAUAAGGUGCAAUGGAUUAAUGACAAUAGUGUUUGAAGAAAACUCCAAAGUCACAGUGCCACAUAUGAUCAAAUCUGACGCCCGUCUUCACAGAGAUGACAUCGAUAUUUGCUUCAGCAAAACGCUGAAUUCCUGCAAAGUCCCCCAGAUCCGCUAUGCCAGCGUGGAGCGCCUCUUGGAGCGGCUGACGGACCUGCGGUUCCUGAGCAUCGACUUCCUCAACACCUUCCUGCACACCUACCGCAUCUUCACCACCGCCGCCGUGGUCCUGGAGAAGCUCUCUGACAUCUACAGGCGGCCCUUCACCUCCAUUCCUGUCAGGUCUUUGGAGCUGUUCUUUGCCACCAGUCAGAACAACAGAGGGGAGUACCUGACUGACGGCAAGUCGCCGCACCUCUGCCGCAAGUUCUCCUCUCCUCCUCCCCUGUCCCUCUCCAGGACCUCCUCCCCCGCCAGGACCCGCAAGCUGUCCCUGACCUCCUCGCUGAACUCCAGGAUCGGUGCCCUCGACCUCUCAGCCUCGUCCGUGGCCAGCAGUCCUACCUCAAACUACAGCCCGGCCACGUCGCCGCCGCCCACGGGCAGCAAGGCGCCGCUGGACCUGAGCCGGGGGCUGUCGUCCCCCGAGCAGAGCCCGGGCUCGGCCGAGGACAGCCUGGAGAACCCACGCCUGGACCUCUGCAACAAGCUGAGGAGGAGCAUCCGCAGAGCAGCAGUUCUGGAAACUGUGUCAGUGGACAGGACCAUUCCUGAGAGCACCUCAGUGGUGGACACUGCAGAGCUGUCCCCGUGCAGGUCCCCUUCGACGCCGCGGCACCUCCGCUACCGGCAGCCGGGAGUGCAGACUGCUGACAACAGCCACUGCUCAGUGUCUCCUGCUUCUGCUUUUGCCAUUGCCACAGCUGCAGCUGGGCACGGGAGCCCGCCAGGGUUCAACAACUCGGAGCGCACGUGCGACAAGGAGUUCAUCAUCCGCAGGGCCGCCACCAACCGCGUCCUCAACGUGCUGCGCCACUGGGUCUCCAAACACUCACAGGUACCCCCUCAAACUCACAGGGAUCCGUAUCUCACACUGCUCCUGCCACGGGGGCCCCGCCCAGCUGCUCUGCCUGCGGAUUUUGAGCUGAACAACGAGCUCAAAAUGAAUGUGUUAAAUUUGCUGGAGGAAGUUUUGAGAGACCCUGACCUUCUGCCACAAGAAAGGAAAGCUACUGCAAACAUACUGAGGACUCUUUCUCAGGAUGAUCAAGAUGAUAACCAUUUGAAAAUAGAGGAUAUCAUUCAGAUGCCAGACUGCCCCAAGCCCGAGUGCUUCGAGACGCUGUCGGCCAUGGAGCUGGCGGAGCAGAUCACCCUGCUGGACCACGUCGUGUUCCGCAGCAUCCCCUACGAAGAGUUCCUUGGGCAGGGCUGGAUGAAAGUGGAUAAAAAUGAGAGAACGCCCUAUAUUAUGAAAACUAGUCAACAUUUCAAUGAUAUGAGCAACCUGGUGGCCUCUCAGAUCAUGAGCUACGCCGACGUGCCGUCGCGGGCCAGCGCCAUCGAGAAGUGGGUGGCGGUGGCCGACAUCUGCCGCUGCCUGCACAACUACAACGGCGUGCUGGAGAUCACCUCGGCCCUCAACAGAAGUGCCAUCUACAGGCUCAAGAAAACCUGGGCAAAGGUGUCCAAACAGACAAAGGCACUCAUGGACAAGCUGCAGAAGACUGUGUCAUCUGAGGGAAGAUUUAAAAACCUGAGAGAAAUGCUCAAAAACUGUAACCCACCUGCUGUUCCCUACCUUGGGAUGUACCUGACUGACCUGGCAUUUAUUGAGGAAGGAACACCCAACUUCACUGAGGAAGGCCUUGUCAAUUUCUCCAAAAUGAGAAUGAUCUCACACAUCAUCAGGGAAAUCCGCCAGUUCCAGCAGACCUCCUACCGCAUCGAGCUCCAGCAGAAGGUCACUCACUACCUGCUGGACAAGACCCUCAUCAUCGACGAGGACACCCUGUACGAGCUGUCCCUGAAGAUCGAGCCGCGGCUCCCCGCCUGAGCCCGGCACAGCCCUGCAGACAGCUCUGGGACCACGCCUGCCGCCACCCAAACACAGCCAGAGGAACUCUGAGAACACAGUGCCAGCUCUCUUCUACAACAAGAGAUACAGAGUCUCACUGCCUUUCCCUCUCAGGCAACACAAACCAGUGUUGGAGGUGAAAGGCAAACAGCUUUCCUACCCGGCUUAAGUGAUUUCUGCUUUGCAAAGAUCAUGUUUGGCACUAGGGACCACAAUUUCCUGGAAAUCAGGAGACUUUCCUGUGAACAGGCGCUCACUGCAGCCACCUCACGUGGCAAAUCAAGGGUACAGAUUUAAAUGGUGGUAAUAGACCCAGGUGUGUGAAGAUAAAUAAGCAAAGUGAGGUGGCUGGGCUGAUGGCUAACUAUGUGUUCUCUGAGGCAGUAAUGGCUGUGGUGUUCUCAUUGUGUUAAUUUCAUUGAAAAAGCAGGAUUUUAGCACUCAUCUGCUGCUUUGGAGUGAUAUUAAGACCACAUCUAGUAAUGUCAGGUGUGCAGUUGUUUGAAAUACCUGCUGUACAUUUAAUGCUACUCGUUACAAAACAUUUUCUUUUUAAAUGUCUCGUCAGCCUUCUGUAAGGUGACUGAUUGUAUCUAUACAGAUGAUUUGUAAAUAUGUUUUCCAUCAGUGGGAGUAUUUACAGCAUGGAGAGAAAAUGGACUGGUGGAACAGUUGUAAAUAGUUGCCAGCUGGGAGGGUGAGGGACCCAGAGGGGUGGUGCAGGGGAUGGGGAGUUGUGUUGCACACAGCUCUGGAAGAGGCACCUUAUUUUCCUGCAUGAGUCAGGCUACAGAGCACACUCUGGACACACUGUGGAGAGAAAUGCAUGUCUGUCUGGCAGCAGGUGGUGAUCAGCAGUGAACACUUGGAGCUGCAGUGACAGUUUCGUUUUGUGUGGAAUCAGUGGUUUGAAAAACGUCUGUUUUUUGGUUUUUUAGUGUUUGUUUUUAUUUUUGUCCAGCCAUUUGGCGUUGAGUUAGCUGUAAAACUGAACGUGUCAGUGGAAACAUUGAAUGCCAGCAAACACAAAGUAUGUAUUUUUGCAUACAGGUAGCUACCACUUGCUUUUGUUUGAGAAAAUGUGCUUUUUAUAAAUGUCUUCAGAGCCUCUGCUUUUGUGACAGAUACCAGGUGGACAGAUGUCAUUUCUACAGUAGUUGUUGUACUUCUUGUAUUUUCCUCAUCAAGAGUGGCCUGUUGUAGCUGCAUGGGAAGUGAGCUCAAAUGCUGUGAAGGGCAUCAUAGUACAAAACACAGGUGUUAGCACUGUUGAAAACAAAAAUUGGCUGGAAAAGUGUCCUUACUUUUCCAAUGAUCACUCAGCCAGUUGAAGAAAUAGGGCUAUAUCACCGUAUACCUCCCUUAAAUCCUCUCAGGGAGACAGAUGUUUAAAACAGAUUGUGACUUAGGCCUAUUUGAUCUGACAUAUCUUACACAGUCGUGAUGCUUCUUGACGCUGGCAAUGAAAAAUGGACCUGCCUGGCUUGUGGUUGUUGUCUUUAUUUGCACUUUAAUUACAUUGCUGGCCCAGCCCAGAGCUGCACAACGAGUUCCAUUUGUUCUGUCUGAGUGUGAGCGCCAGCAUCUACAAAUGUACCUUAGCAACUGUAAAUUUCAUUAAGGUCCUUCUCCACAAGGACCAUCUCCUUGUAAAUAACUGCAUGGGGAGGUGUCACAGAGACUGGAAAAUUCCUCCAUUAGAAAAGCAGACAGCAGGAGAGAAGGACAUGCUAGGAACUCUUUAAAUAGUUCUGGCUGAUGACUGCUGUGGAAAUGUUACUUAUAGAAGCUUUUUGUUGUUAAAAAAAAAUGUGUUUGUUUCUUCUGGCUAAUGAUUGACAAGAAGCUGAUUGCAUCCCAGUGCAUGAUAUGAGGAGAAAAAGAAAAAGAGCAUGGUUUAUUUGGACCACAAAACCAACUGGCUGUGUAUUCUCUGUACAAAAGCAGUUACUGUUCAGUAGUUUCAUAAAACACUUGGAAGUAAUGGAGCAACAGGGAAAGCGUGGUCCAAAAAGUGAUUUCAGACGUUGUGUCUGUUGUUUCCUUGUUAUCAAAGAAAACGUGUUACAGCUGUCAGUGUGAGUGGGCAUCUCUGUUGUACGCUGUCAAGUGCUGCUUCGUCUGCCUGUGCCCGGUUUUACCAAAUCUCGAUGUCCUGAGGGUCGCAGGGUCGUGCUCCUGUCAGAGCUGCUUGCGGUGUGCUUGACGCGUGUGUGUGCUCCGUGCAUUUCAGCGCUGGCUGGCAGGGCUGGGCCCGAGGGGCUGCGCUCGGAAUCGCUGGAAAUGGGCUCGUCCAGCCCCUCUGCGGUCCUGCUCACAUGCCAAAGGUUGCCUCUUGCCCCAGCGGCCGCUUGAGGUCAGAACCGGGAGAGUCGGAUGCUUUGAUCUGUGUUCGUAGCAACAGCAGCAAAACUGUUUAAAAAUUAUUAUGGUUACAGUAAUAAUGUGCGACUUGCUGAUGGCUUCAUGUCGAUGUUUUUGCUUGGGGAUACAAUGCUUUUGUUAAAGCGCAGGGAAAAGGGAGGACGCGCCCGGUCACCCCCAGCCCUUGCAGCCCGCGGGCACAGCUGGCAGCAGCUGUUCUGCAGCUGGGCUGCGGGCUGCGAGCUGCACCUGCGGGCGGCCCGAGUGCCUGUGCUGGAGCCCUGCUGCUUGCUGGGGCUGUGUGAUGCUCGGCAGGCAGCAGCAGCGCCGCUUCGUGCGGGGCUUCGCCCGCUCCCGGAGCGAGCAGCGCGGCGCAUCCAGCGCCAGCGCGGGGACGCAGCUGGCUCCGCGCAGCCCUCUGCCGUGUCGGCAGCUCCCUGAGGACUCUGCCUCCGCGCUCCCGCUGUCUUUUGGGAUCUCCUCCCAGCUCUUUUUCCCGCGGGAGCCCCGCAGCGCGGCGGAGCGAGCGGAGCAGCCCCGCGGGCGAGGAUGCCCCGGGCGCAGGAGGGCCGAAGCGCCUCGCCACUUGCCUUGUGAGCCCCCAGCCCUGCCGGGGGCUGCUGGCAGCCCGGCGGGGCCGGGCGGCCAUGGGGAUAAAGCUUUUCCAGCCGCUGCUCCGCCGCCUCUGUAGCAGCCCGGGCGGGGCCGCGCUCGCCGGGAGCCGGGCAGCAGCACCGAGAGCGCUCCUCACACGCUGACACAGGGUUAGAGUUGCCUUCACCCCCAGCCUUCACCCUCUGCCCCCGGAGCCAGCGGUGCUGCUGGCCAGCGAGCCCCCCGAGCGCUCGGGGUGUCGGUGACAGCCCCCCGGGCUCACAGUGGCAGUGUGUGCUCCAUCUGCGCCCCUCCUCCGGCUCGUCCUGUGGCCUCGAGGUGAGAGGUGGCACUGAUCACCCUGAUUUCGGGGGUGAGGAGGAGGUCCCCGUCCUCUUUUCUGCUUUCCUAGUUUUACUGAUGAUUGUUCUGUAGGGUUAAAAGGAACUUAAUUAUUUUAAUUAUUUAUUAAUUUAAACCGUGUUGAUUUUGAUUUCAGAACAUGUUAAUUAUCCCGGGUUUUCCUUCAUGUGUGUUAUUUAUUUUAAGGGUUUUACAAAGACCUUGCUUUGUUUGUAUCGACAUUCAGUCUUUCAUCCUUUCACUCUCAGCAGCAACACUAAACCCUGAUGAUUUACAACUCUCACCCCCUGUGACAUUUUUACCCGCUCAUAAUUUCACUCACCAAGGGCAAAACCCUUCAGACCUCAUUCUGAUAAUACCUUAGGCUUCACCGAGAGCUUUUCAUAAGUCUUUGGGGAUCUGGCUCUCAGCUAUUUGCCUGUUACAGUGUUUGCCUCCAAAGGUCAAAUGUCUCUGUCUAGGAUGCUUCAUGUCCAAAAUGCUGCUCAGUGAAGGUUGUUCUGUUGUACCUGAGGUAGUCUCUGAAGUUCUGUUACCUAGGGCAGUAGAUGUGUGUUUAUUUGACAGAUGUACCUGUAUGGAACGUGUUGCUUAGUGCACAAUCCAGAUGUUUUUGCAUGUAUUGCAACUUCUGACCCGAGGUUAUUGCUUUGUAUUGUUAGUAAAGCAUACCAGGCCAGCUGUUGUGCCUGUGUGCUAAUAAACAUCCUUUUCUUUCCCGA